CAUCUUCUCCACAAAAACGAACCCGAUAAUCUCAAAGUGGUCUCAGACCCCCAAAACCAAAACCCUACUGCGCUCUCAUGGCCAUGGCUUCCGACACCGCUGCCAGAUCGAGCUCGGCGGCCGAUUCCUACAUAGGCAGCUUGAUUAGUCUGACUUCCAAGAGUGAGAUCAGAUACGAAGGCGUACUCUACAACAUCAACACCGAAGAGUCCAGUAUUGGACUCCGCAACGUGCGGUCUUUUGGAACCGAAGGAAGGAAAAAGGAUGGGCCGCAAAUCCCGCCGGGGGAUAAAGUUUACGAGUAUAUACUCUUCCGAGGCAGUGACAUCAAGGAUUUACAGGUUAAGUCUUCUCCAGCAGUUCAGCCUACACCACCUAUAAACAAUGACCCAGCUAUUAUUCAGUCUCACUAUUCCCGCCCGGCUCUGUCAACUACGAGCUUGCCUUCUCCUGCUACUGGGCCUUUGCCAGAUAUUAAUUCCCAUAGUGCACAGAUGGGACUACCUGGAUCAAAUUUCCAAGGCAAUUUACCUUUAUAUCAACCUGGAGGGAAUUUAGGGUCAUGGGGGAUUCCACCUCCUCCUCCAACUGCAAAUGGCAGUCCGCUUAUGCCCAUGUACUGGCAAGGAUAUUAUGGCCCUCCAAAUGGCCUCCCUCAAUUACACCAGCAAUCUUUGCUUCGUCCACCACCUGGGCUAUCAAUGCCUCCUCCAAUGCAGUAUCCCAAUUUUAGUGCCUCCUUGCCCUCUGGAGCUCCUAACUUUUCUGAAGGUCCAUCGCCCUUACUUUCAGCUGCUAGUGGUAGUUCUCCUAGUUCGACAUCUGCGCCUUUAGCACCACCAAUUGGCCCAAUUUUGCCAACCAGUCUGCCUUCAGCACCUUCCACCAUAUUAACUUCUGAAAUAUCAAACAAGGCACCAAGUGGUUCCCCUCCUGUAGCCACUAUUAGUGCAAGCUUGCCACUACUUUCUUCUAUGAGCAGUUCAAGCUCAGAUAUAAGUACUGUUGCACCACCUAUCUCUAACAAGCCUUCUGCAGUUUCUGGUUCAACCUUGCCCUAUCAAAGUGUAUCUCAAACUACUACUCCGGCAGUUGGGCCAACUAAUUCUGUACGCACGGAAACAGUGGUACCUUCUUUGGUAACCCCAGGGCAGCUGUUGCAGUCUGGUUCUACUACAGGCCCCUCAGCUCCAUCAUUGCAAGCAGCUCAUAAGGAUGUUGAGGUUGUUCAAGUUUCAUCAUCAACCUCAGCAGAGCAGCCCGUUUCAGUAUCAGCAGAACCUCAGCCACCAAUAUUGCCAUUACCACCACCUGCACGGGCAGUUCAAAAGCCAAAUGGACCUCCAUACCAAGCUCGCCAGGGAUAUACUUAUAGGGGACGUGAGCGAGGCAGAGGAACUGGGUUUGGUGUGCAGAGUUCCCGGCCCGUGACAAAAUUCACUGAAGAAUUUGACUUCACGGCAAUGAAUGAGAAAUUCAAUAAGGAUGAGGUUUGGGGCCAUCUUGGUAAGACAAGCAAACCUUCCAAGGAUAGAGAGGAUGGAAAUGACAGUGAAGAAGAAUAUAUCGAAGAUGAGGAUGAUGUGGAGUUGCCAAAGUUUGAUGCCAAGCCCGUCUACAAUAAGGAUGAUUUUUUUGACACCAUCUCCUCCAAUUCUUUCAAUAAUGAACAGAAUGGAAGGACUCGGUACUCUGAGCAAGUAAAGAUAGAUACAGAGACUUUUGGAACUUUCUCAAGAUAUCGGGGCGGUCGAGGUGGCCGUGGUCCUGGACGUGGUGGCCGUGGCCGUGGGGGCUACUAUGGUAGGGAUUAUGGAAGGGGGGGAUAUGGCUAUGUAGGAAGGGGUCGUGGCCGAGGGAUGUCUAGUCAAGGUCCACAGUAGGCACUUGGUCUUAUGAAAGUAGUUUACGUUGGGUAUAAACUUUCCCAUCAGUCCAGCAGACCAAUAUGCUGAUUUAGCAGGGCAUGCUAAUGUCGUUUUACUCUUUUAUGAGGUUUAUCUGUGCUUGUCCAGAAAAUAAACACCAGUACUUUUUUCCUUUUAUUAAAUUGUAACCCUGUUUCCCCUGA